UGACCAGCUGUCUGCUUUGGGAGAAGCUACAGACUUUAUAGGUUCCUCGGUUUCUGUAUCUGUGAAGAGGCUUAACUGGGCUAAUGGGCUCUUUGAAAGCGUUUCUUCCACUGGUCUCCUGCCAGGUACCAGGCUACGUGUUGGAGGACCGGCCUUCCAUGAGCCAGGCGGGGCCUCCGGCCUCACGGACCUGGCAGCCGUGCUGGGUCGGCCGAGGGGGCCAGGACUGCAGGGCCGGCAGGGUGGGGUUGGACACAAGUCCCUGGAAGCCGUGGGUCCAGCACAGCGCGUGCACACAACUCUCGGAAAUACUACUUGGACGAGCCUUUUGCGGGGACUCCACUUUACAGAAUGUGCGUCAUGUCGCGGUGUGGGAGAGUGAGGGGAAGGACAACGUCUGUGUCAGCCCCGACGCCAGUCUCCGCAGCUCCUGACCCUCGGUUUCGGAGUUUUCCGGGUGCGCAUGCGCGGGCCGUGCCCCGCCCUCCGCCUCUCGUUCGUGGGUUGGUGGGUUUGGGUCACGUGGAAGUGCCUCGCCUCUUCCUCGCGGCAGGGGGCCCGCCCGCUGGCUGGUUUCCGGUUCGGUGGGUCGGAGAUGACGGAGCCGGUCGCCUCUCCGGACGACCCCUGGGUCAAGGCAAGCCCCGCGGGCGCGCACGCCGGCGAGGGGAGGGCGGGUUGGGCUCAUGCACGUGGGGGGUCCCGAAGACUAGGGGAUUCCCUGCAGUCCCCAAAGGUCCCCCCGCCCUCCGGGCCCCGGGGCUGCAGAGAAGACAGCCCUCACCCUGCGCGUGCCAAGGUGGAGUAUGCCUACAGUGACAACAGCCUGGACCCCGGGCUUUUUGUAGAAAGUACCCGAAAGGGGAGUGUAGUGUCCAGAGCUAAUAGCAUCGGUUCCACCAGUGCCUCUUCUGUCCCCAAUACAGAUGACGAGGACAGUGAUUACCACCAGGAGUCCUACAAGGAGUCCUACAAGGACCGGCGGCGGCGAGCACAUACUCAGGCUGAGCAGAAGAGGAGAGACGCCAUCAAGAGAGGCUAUGAUGACCUCCAGACCAUCGUCCCCACCUGCCAGCAGCAGGACUUCUCCAUUGGCUCCCAAAAGCUCAGCAAAGCCAUCGUUCUACAGAAGACUAUUGACUACAUCCAGUUUUUGCACAAGGAGAAGAAAAAGCAGGAGGAGGAGGUGUCCAUGCUACGCAAGGACGUCACGGCCCUAAAGAUCAUGAAAGUGAACUAUGAGCAGAUUGUGAAGGCACACCAGGACAACCCCCAUGAGGGAGAAGACCAGGUCUCUGACCAAGUCAAGUUCAAUGUGUUUCAAGGCAUCAUGGACUCACUGUUCCAGUCCUUCAAUGCCUCUAUCUCCGUGGCCAGUUUCCAGGAGCUGUCAGCCUGUGUCUUCAGCUGGAUUGAGGAGCACUGUAAGCCUCAGACCCUACGGGAGAUUGUGAUUGGCGUCUUGCACCAAUUGAAGAACCAGCUGUACUGACUGGGUUUUGGAAGCUGCAGAAGAGCCAACAAGAGGCCAGAGUCUCCUACUUGGCCACGGAGCCACUGGGCUUAUGAGAUUGGACUGCGACACUGCACACCAGUCAGCUGGUUCUCGGUGUUUGGUUCCCCAGCACCCCUUCAUCCUCACUGGGGCUGGGGUAUUUGUUUUGUGAAAGCUUUAAUUUAUUAUACUGACCACAGAACUUGAGCUUACUGUCUUUCCCCUUCUCCGUAGAAGUCUUCGGGAGGGGGGACCCUGUUCUGGGGACACCCCCCUCCCCCCAUAAGAGCUCCUGGUCUCUCCCCUUCUAAUCCUCAGAUUUUUGCUCCUGAUUACACAUAUUGGGAAGCUACUGUUUGCAUUUGGUUUGGUCUCUUGGGCAACAUUUGGCCCAAGUUUGGCCAUUUUGGCAGUAGUUGGAUGGGAAGGGAGGAACACGAGGAAAUACUCCCACAGCCAAGAGGGGUGAAAGGCCUCCUUGUGCCUCGGCUAGGGCUGCCUGGUCAGCCCAAGGUGAGAUCAGGCCUCUUCUGGCCAGCUCAGGGCAGGGCUACUGGGUUCCUGCCCUCACUUGCUACUGCAUCCCCUCUCCUUCCUCCCCCACACACUCCUGCCCCCUCUGUCCCCACAGGCAGGAGCACAGCACAGAGAAGUUACGUGUGACACAGCACUACAUAUUAAAUUUUUUUUUAAUAUUCUAAACACCAACAUCGCAAUUUUGCUAAAGUUACAAUUUUUGAAAGUGAACUGGGCCUCAAAAUCACUCCCAGCCAUCCUGUCGAGCAUAUCUGGGUCUCCACCAUCUCAGUGCUGCUUGUGUUUCUCCCAGGACUUGGGAGUGGCGUGAAGGGGUAGAGAAGAUACUUUAAAGGCCUCCUGGGGUACAGAGCCCAGAAAAGUCCUGGGUAAAGCCUUGGGCUCCUCGAAUGCUGUGUAUACUAGCUUCUCUCUACCCGGUAGCCUUCCUCAGGGUUGACAUCUGGGAGGUUUGGUUAUCCAGAGGAAAUUAAGUAUUUUUAUAUCAAAUUAUAGUACAAUAAAUAUUGCCAAAUGCUUUCCUUUA